AUGAAUCGACCAUCACACGAAGACGACGGCUGGGACCAUCCGGAGUGGAACCAGAAUCCGCCUGCUCUGGCCGGAGACUUGACGACAAACAACGACCUGAAUGGUGUUGUCAACUCCAGACGAAACCGUGACCGGAGAAUUGAUGACGACGACUUGAAUCGCAUCCAUCCAGAGCCAUACGAACUCGCGGAUGUCAAUCGCAAAGGCAAAGCAUUGCCUCGGGUCACGGAAGACCCGUACCCUGGCCCGAGUGGCCACCAUCCGGGGCGCUCGUCGUCGUCUGCGUCGACGUUGCGCUCCGCCGAGAUGCCUGUGUCCGGUGGCAGGCGUCUCGGCAACCGCAUCAGGUACGUCCUGGCCAAGUACGCAAAGUUCGUCGGCCCAGGCGUCAUGAUCUCAGUCGCCUAUAUCGAUCCCGGAAACUAUUCUACUGCUGUUGCAGCUGGCUCUACUUUUCGGUUUAGGCUUCUUUUCAUAGUCUUCUUGUCCAACAUCUUUGCAGUCUACCUGCAAUGCUUGUGUGUCAAGCUAGGCUCAGUUACUGGUAUGAAUCUCGCAGAGAUGAUCAGGGCCCAUUGUCCUCGAUGGCUUAACUGGAUUCUCUAUCUUUUCGGAGAAGCAGCGAUCAUCUGCACUGAUAUUGCAGAAGUAAUUGGUACUGCUAUUGCUUUGAAUCUCCUUUUCCAUGUUCCCUUGGUAGCUGGUUGCGCCAUCUCCAUUGUGGACGUCCUUGUAAUCCUACUGUUCUACAAUCCAUCUGGCAGCGUUCGAGGUGUUAGAAUUUUCGAAGGCUUUGUCGCUUUAUUGGUCAUUGGUGUCGUGGUUUGCUUUUGCUACCAACUCUCCUUGAUCACAAACACAUCAGUUGGUGAUGUCUUCCGUGGCUAUCUCCCAUCCUCGGCUAUUGUCAAAUCUAAGGGUCUAUAUCAGUCGUGUGGAAUCUUGGGUGCAACUGUCAUGCCUCACUCGCUUUAUCUGGGCUCUGGAAUCGUGCAGCCACGUCUCAAGGAAUAUGACAUGGAACACGACAACAUCCCUGCCGCUUCUGACGAUGAUAGCGGUCCGGUUAAGUACCGCCCCAGUGUGGCAGCUGUUCGCUCUUGCAUGAAGUAUUCCAUCGUAGAGCUUUCGACCUCACUCUUCAUCUUCGCCCUAUUCGUCAACAGCGCCAUCCUAAUCGUCGCAGGAGCUUCUCUCUACAAUUCUGAUGCUGCUAGUGCCGAUCUCUUCGGCAUCCACAAACUGCUAGCUCACCAGCUUGCCCCUGUCGCAGGAACCAUCUUUGCUCUGGCUUUGCUUCUCUCCGGUAUUUCAGCUGGUAUCGUCUGCACGAUCGCUGGUCAAAUGAUCUGCGAGGGACAAUUGACAUGGCAAGUCAAGCCUUGGGUGCGCCGUCUGAUGACACGCUCGAUUUCCAUUACGCCUUCCAUCAUCAUUGCCGGUGCUGUGGGUCGGGAUGGGCUUUCUGCUGCGCUGGACGGCUCGCAGGUUGCUCUCAGUGUCAUCCUGCCAUUCGUCAGUGCACCUUUGAUCUAUUUCACUUGCCGUGAGAGAUACAUGACCAUGUCUGCUAGCAAUGGCGACCUGAUCAGUAUGCACAAUCAUUGGUUUACUGCGAUCAUUGCCAUUUUGAUUUGGACCAUAAUUGUGGUCAUGAAUGUCGCGCUCUUGGUCCUGCUCGGCUUAGGUGUUGAUUAG